GCCCGGCGUCAGGUUACCCAGCGGCGCCCGUCGCGCCCGCCCCGUGGCCCGCGGUGGGGCCGCAGGUAUAAAGGCGCAGGCCCGGAGUCCUGGGGCAGCGCUGCUGACUCCUGCCGCGCGCGCUUUGAACUUGCUGCGGGCGGCGCGCCUCUGGCUCGGUGCCCCGGGCGGACCGUGCAGGCACCCACCUGACACCGGACCCCAGGACUAGAGCGCAGUAACCCAAGGAUUCGGGAAACGAUUGCACAGACAAAGCGCCUCUUGGCACUGAGGACGGCACGACCGAGGUUAGAAGGCAACGUUUUGAGAAUCUCCGCCUUCGGCCAGCGAAGGAGGACCGAGAUUAAACCAACAAGCCCCGAAGGGUACAUGACUCCUGGAGACGACCGAGGACGACUGGCAGCGCCUGAAACUUGCAAUACGGCUUGCAACAGCAGCGCGGGGGCUGGCCCGCAGCGUCCCGGGCGAGGCGGGGGGCAGGAGCCCUAACAGAAGGCAAGACACGGACGGCUGGUGCGCCGCGUGCAGUGCGAGCCGGCCAGCACCGCGGGGGUCACCUGGGCCCCGCGCCCGCCUCAUGUGGUGCCUGGACAGGCUCCGCUUGGGCCCCGAGCGCCUGCGGAGGGGCAGGAACGGGGCUCCCCAGGGCCGGGCCCACCGGCUCCCGACGCUCACGCCCGCCGCCUGGGAAAACGUGCUCACCCCCGACCGCAUCCCCGAGUUCUGCAUCCCCCCGCGCCUCGCGCCCUGCACCGGCGUGGCCGCACUCCGGGUUUCCUGGAGCCACGCGGCCGCGCUAGACGCUGCGGCCGGACACACGGACUGGGACCCGCGCUCGCAGGCCGCGCUCUCGCUGCCGCACCUGCCCCGCGGCCGCACCGCCUACGGCUUCUGCGCGCUGCUCGAGAGUCCGCACACGCGCCGCAAGGAGUCGCUCUUCCUCGGCGGCCCCGGCGCCGCCCCGCCCCCGCCCCCGCCCCCGCCCCCGGGCGCAGCCCCGGCCGCCGCCGCCGCCCCCGCGCUCCCCGCCCGCCCCCGCCCCCGCCCCCGCCCGGCGCCGCGCGCGCCCGCCCCGCCUGCCCGCGCCCGCCGCCUCCUGCGCGCCCCCGAAGGGCUGCUGAGCCGCGCGCUGCGAGCCCGGGGGAGCCGCGGCCUGGCCCGCGCCCGCUCCGCGUGCGGCGGGGACCGGGACGAGCCGCCCUCCCGGGCCGGGGCCCCCUCCGCCUCCGCCUCCGCCUCCCCGUCCCCGUCCCCGUCCCCGCCGCCCUCCCCGCCGCCGCCGCCUGGCCCCGACCCGCGGCCCGAGCGCCUGGAGGCCGAGGGCACCGUGGCCCUGGGCCGCGCCGGGGGCGCCCUGCGCCUGGCCGCCGAGUACAGUCGGGCCAGCGGGCGGCUCCGCGUGCGGCUGCUCGGCGCCGAGGGCCGGGCCGCGGGGGCCGGGGGGGCCGCGGGGGCCGCGGGGGCCGCCGAGCCCCGCGCCGUCGGCUGCCGCGUGAGCUUCGUGCUGCGGCCGCCGGGCCAGACGCGCCCGCGGCGCAGCGCCGUGGUCCGGCCGAGCCGCGCGGCCGCCUCGGAGCAGGACGUGUGGCUGGACGGGCUGUCGGAGGAGCAGCUGCGCCGCCUGGCCGUGCGCGUCCAGGCCGAGGAGCGGGGCCGCCUGCGGGGCCAGGGCGAGCUGCUGCUGGGCGCCCUGCUGCUCCCCGCGGGGCCCGGCCUCCGACCGCCGCCGCGCGCCUAAUAACUGCCAUUUAUCGCCUCUUCGACUCAGGCCUUUGUUCAGUCCAACAUGGCACAUAGGUCGCUGGGGUCAUUAUCACAAUAAAGGACGGAAUAUCCUGCGUGGGUACCUCCCACAUUCGUUCCAGCAAGGGACACGGUGUUCUGCAGCCGGGGUCCUAGUACGGACGGACGAUGGUUCCCACGAAGGGUUAAAACGAGACGGGCCUGGUGACCUAUUUGCCCCAACCUCCUCCAUUGAAGUGUGUUUAUUCCACGACAUCCGCGGAGACCAACUUAGAGCGUGUAUUACUUUGGAAGCAUCAUUUAAGACCUCAGGUGAAAAAAUGAAGCUAACAGGGCUGAAGUGACUUUUUCAAGACCAGCAGUAAAUUAUUAAUAGAAACUGCCAACCCGAUUGAUGCUUUUAGCCACAUCCUGCAGGAAGCACUGGAAAAAAUUGAAGCCAUCCUAAUAGUCUAAGCUAAAAUAAUAAUAGUUUUACAAAUAUUAACUUGUUUGAUUUUUUUUUUUUUUAAAGAAACCUAAAAGGCAGGCACGGUUGUCCCCAUUUUGCAGAUGAGGAUAUUGAGACACUGAAUACAGAGCUGAGUCAGGAUUUGUACGUAGUCAAUCAGUAUUUUACUCACUACCUUCUAGAAGUAAUACCAAGCAUCUGGAGGGUUCGUCUCAUUACUGUUGUGGGACUGCAACUUAUAUCUGAAACUAUGGAUUCUGAGUUAGGGGUCUCUUCACAUCCUCAGACCCUAGCAGAAAAGCAAAUCGGUUGAAAUGAGUAAUUUAUAUUCUCAUGCAAAUGUCUAAGAUUCCAUCUGAGAAGAUGCUAACUAGCCUCAGAGUCAUAGAAAAAAAGAGUGCUAGCCUAAUUGCCCCCAGCUGAGCUAAUGUGCCAGGGCAGGUAGUCUAGAAUGUACCUAUAAUACUGUUCUACCUCUGGCUUCUGAUAUUAACAAUAAAUGUAUUGUUUUAAGGGAUGAUUGUCCUCCCUUGCUCACACUCACUGCCAAACAAGCUUAUUUCUUCCUUUGCUACGCAUACAGGAGGAAAAUGUGUCCUUAAAUGAGGGUUGAAAAUAUGUGAAUAUGUGGUGUGGUAUUAAAUAUGACUACAUUUGCAGUCUGGGUUCAGAAACUCUCUGCACUAAACUGUUGAGUUUCAUCAACUGGUGCUCAUGAAAAAAUGCUGUUUAAAACAGGGUUUCCGUGUUAGUCACAACCCAGGCAUAAACUGAAAAUGGGUUACUGUGGUAGAUAGAUAUCCACAAUGACCAUCACUGAACAAAUGUGAAGAAUAACUGGCUCUGGCCCUUGGCUCUGUCCAAAUCAGCCCCAACCAGAAGCCCCAUGUGGUUACUCCAGUGAAUGAUGACACAACAGUAGUUCAGACCUUUCAUGCGCACUUCAGUCUACUUACCCUAAGUCACCACAUCCCUGGCCUUCAAACCAACAACUUUUUAAAAAAUGUAUAACUUGCUUCAAGAUGUCAGAAUUUUGGUAGAGUAACUGAGUUCACAUAUCUAGUACUUUAAAAGGAAAAUAAAUGGAAAGUGAAAACAACUUGGCUACAUA